CAAAAGUAAAAAAACAACUCGUUCAUCAAUCUGUUUAUCUGCAGCCCAUCAUCAAUGACUGAUGUAAUCUUCCUAUUAUAUAAGACACAAGCGUUUGAUUUUUUUUUUUCUUUCGCUUUCACUCUUGUUCAAGCAAGUGCUAGCUUUGUUUGGCUAUGGGACUGUACAGAGUUGUGCAAAGUAGUGCCUUUCAAUAUGGGGCUUUCGCAGAACAGAGUUAAGGGUUCACAAGAUUGUGCUCUAUUCAUGAGCAACAAGAAACUUGGCAGAAUCCACAUAAGAACAAGCUCAUAUAAAACUUCUUUUGCGGCUACUUGUUCAGCUUCUCUAUGAGCAUAGAUAGUACACACCACAUCACACCAUACAAAAGAAA